CUCAAUUCUGUCAUAUUUAAAUUAUUCAAUAUAUACUGUUCAAUAUUAAUAUCAGUAUGGACUUUUUGCUGCGAUCAAAAAAGCUGCGCACAGCUCCGCCGAACCGGCAGCAGGUCAUGCACAUAUACCGCGGCAUCCUCAAACAGGCUCGCUCGUUUUUCGACGAAAACGCACGCGAAUUUAUCCAAUCAUUUGCUCAGAAAAAAUUCCGCAUUGGUAUUCACGACCGGAAGCCAGGGAGACCACGCAUUAAGCUGCGCAACGCGCGAGCGACUAUGCACUUGUUGGAGCGAGCAAACAUGCAUAGGUUCAAGGAUGUCGUCAGCGUCUUGGAAUACGCAUAUGGAAGGAAAGGGCCGCGCCGAACGGAUAUGCUCAAGGCCACAGCGGGGGUCGGAAAGCGCGAGGAGAUUUUCGGAAAUCUCCGACAAGUUGCACACUACCGGCCGGCAUUUUACGCGAUAGCGCAGAACCAGUACGGCGAGAAGAAACUUGAAGUCAACCCGAAUGUACUCAAGUCACGGCACCCAUUGAACGUAGCCAAAAUGCAGGACAUGCACUGGGCAGACAUCCGCCGCAAGGUCUUGCCGCCAGUGGACACUGACAUCAUGCGAAUGUUAGAGGACCGCGCUCAACUGGGCGAGGUAGACACGACUGCGGGGCUGGAGCCGGAGAUGAAGGCUCUUGUUCGCAAGUGGGAGGCAAAGUGGGUGAAUAUGCCCCCAAAGCGCCAGGUCGUGCGAUAUUACCGAGCACUGCUCGAGCAGGUCACCGAGAUGCGGGUUGAGCAGCGGAUGGUCCCCAAUACGGAAAGUACGUGAAAUCCAUGGCGCGGCACAAUACACGGACGGCUGCAGGCUUGGAGAAGCCCGACUUUGUGCCAAAGUCCACCUACUCCUUUACAAGGUCAUCGAUAGCUGGCAAGAGGCCACCCCCG